UUUCCAAGGAAUUCGUUGGAACCCAUCCACAUUUUCUGCUCUAUUAUUCUUAUUGUAUUAUCAUCUCUUCUCCUCCCCUUGAUUCUCGGCUUCAAUCGUCCGUCCCAGAAUGAAGCUCUAAAAAGCUUUCAACUUUACUCACAAGAGUUGACCCAGAAGCCUUAUUCCCCACCCCCCAAAAAACUCCGGCCAGUUAGUUUUCCUUCCAUUUGAAGAAAUUUACAUUCCAAUCCUCUCCUCAACUUCCAUCUCAGUUUUGCCUUUGCCGUGUUGGUGUUUGUGACCUCUGUUUCUGUGUUCAGCUUUACUUGCCAGUCAGUCCUUUCCUUUUAGUCAUCGGCCCCAAAAUAGAAAACCCACCAAAAGAAGAAGAAGCAAUUCUAGAUAAGAGUUUUCCACGACAGACAGGUAGCAAUUGUUGGGCCGAUGGUGGGUUUGUCUUGGAAUCAGUCGGGGUUUUCAUUUUAAACCCAUGCCGCCGCCACGGUUUAUGUGAAUUUCCUGCUCUGUUUCCUUCCUCCCUAAGUCAACUAGGUGAAACUUCUAUUCGAUUUACAAUCCUUACCCCGAGUAGGAGACUUCUGACCCAUCGGACCUAUAUAUACACCGAGAAUUACCAAAACCCAGAUUCCAAUUCCUUUUUCUUUUUUCGGGAAGCAAACAGAGUAUUAUUUACUUGUUAAAGUUCGCGUCUUUUUUUUUUUCUCCUUUUAAUGGGAGGGAGAAAUUCGAAGGAGUCGGCUGGUGGCAGUCGGAGGGAGUUCUCGUCUUACGAUUCCUUCAACUACCGUUACCCUCCGCCGGCAGCAGCGCCGCCGUAUUCCGAGUCGCAGCCGUACUACACGCCUCAGCAUCCUCACGCGCCGCCGCCGUCGUCAUCAUCGGCGUACGGUUAUGAACCGGAAAGGCCUCCUCAGCCGCAGAAGAGGUUGGAUAGAAGGUACUCCAGGAUUGCCGACGAUUACAAGACUUUAGAUCAGGUUACUGCUGCACUUGCUCAAGCUGGGUUGGAAUCAUCUAAUCUCAUUGUUGGCAUUGACUUCACCAAGAGCAAUGAAUGGACAGGUGCCAGGUCAUUCAACCACAAAAGCUUGCAUCACAUUGGCAAUGAUCCAAACCCGUACGAACAAGCCAUAUCCAUCAUUGGAAGGACUUUGUCCGCCUUCGAUGAAGAUAACCUGAUUCCUUGUUAUGGCUUUGGAGACGCUUCGACACAUGACCAAGAUGUGUUUCAGUUCUAUCCGGAAGAGAGAUUCUGUCAGGGAUUCGAGGAGGUGCUGUCCCGGUACAGAGAAGUUGUUCCUCAGCUUCGGCUAGCUGGGCCAACGUCCUUUGGACCAAUGGUCGAAAUGGGCAUUAGCAUUGUUGAGCAAAGUGGUGGCCAGUACCACGUUCUUGUCAUAAUUGCUGAUGGUCAGGUGACACGGAGUGUUGACACAGAGAACGGCCAUCUCAGUCCUCAAGAGCAGAAGACUAUUGAAGCAAUUGUCAAAGCGAGUGAAUACCCUUUGUCGAUUAUCCUAGUCGGUGUUGGCGAUGGGCCUUGGGAUAUGAUGAGAGAGUUUGAUGAUAAUAUCCCUGCUAGAGCCUUUGAUAACUUCCAGUUCGUAAACUUCACAGAGAUCAUGGCCAAAAAUGUUAACCAAACAAGAAAAGAAACAGAAUUUGCUCUUGCUGCGUUGAUGGAGAUCCCCGCUCAAUACAAAGCCACUCUUGAGCUUGGCUUAUUGGGUAGGCGUCGAAAGGGGAGUGGUCCAGAGAGGAUAGCUCUACCUCCACCACAAUAUGGUCGAUCUUCCCAUGGUGGCAAUGUGAAGCCCUUCCGAUCAACUAGCUUCCAGCAGCGAGUGCCUUCAUACCCGGACUAUAAUUCAGCAGCAGCAGCCAGCUAUAGUGCGCCACCAGUGAGCUCAGCUCAACAUUCGAGUUCUGAGUCUGACAACAAGGUACAAAAGACAGGCUCUUGAUCACUUGGUCUACACACAUUGACCUGUUCCGGAUGUUCAUUGAAGCUCGUUCUAAAGAUGAAAGGUGCUAACUUUCCUGUUUUUUCCAUCCCUUUGGGCAAACACAGGCUUGUCCCAUUUGUCUUUCCAUCCUAAGAACAUGGCAUUUGGCUGUGGCCAUCAGACUUGUAUUGAAUGUGGAGAAGACCUGCAAUCGUGCCCCAUCUGCCGGAGCGCGAUACAGACUAGAAUCAGGCUGUAUGGAUAAAAAGAUCGAGCAGUGAUCCCCAGCCACAACUCGCCACAGACCCGUACGAACUUAAAUCAAGGCGCGAGAAGAAGCUCGUUUCGUAGUGUACAGAGGGGUGUCAUGAUUUUUUUGGAAGCGUCCUGUAUGUUGCAUUCCUUGGACCACAGAUACCACAGACAGGAAUGGAGGAGAUGGAACAAAGUGAUAGCUGAUAAGGUGGCAUUGGUAGAGAAUGGUGUGUGUGUUUCUUAGGUGUUAGGAAUGAUGAUUUGGAUGGAUUCUGUCUUCUGGCUGCUGGGAGCUCUCUCCACUCCCAACACCCAUUCCUCCAUUAUUGUUUUUCUUGCCUCCCUUUUGUUUUUCUACUUUGCCUAGGCUGCGUGAGAAGAUUAUUGAGUGUGAUUUGGGUAAAGGUUACCACUUACCACUGCCAUGUGAAUAAAUAUUCCAUUCCAAUAAUGAAAAAAAUUUAUCAGCUAUGGCCUAUGGGUAGGAUAAGGGGCUGUAUGUCAGGUGUGUUUGCUUCAAAUACAUGAAUUUGAAAU